AGUUGGUUAUAUUUCCUGUUCUUACUGCAGCGCCUGAACGUUUUCUGGACGCCGCGAACAGAAAGUUCACCAAAUUUAUUUCUGUACAAAAAUCUUUAUUUAUUAAACAUUUAGUUUGUAGCGUUUCUGUGGUGAAUAAGCUGAGAUUUGGGGAAGAAAGGCUUUCUUUGGCGUUCGUACUUGUGGCAGAAAUCAGCUGAACUUCUCAGCAUGUCUUUGCCCAAGAGGGAGGUGGAGGAGCUGCGGCCCUGGGUGGAGCGCACGGUGAAGAAGGUGCUGGGCUUCUCAGAGCCCACUGUGGUCACUGCGGCUCUGCACUGCCUGGGGAAAGGGUUGGACAAAAGGAAAACAACAGAUCAGCUGAGGCCGUUUCUGGACGAGUCAGCGAGCAGCUUCGUAGAGAGGCUCUUCGAAGCACUGGAAGAGAGCAGGAACUCUCGGGGCAACAAAGGCACGGUCGAGAAAAACCGCAAGAGAGAGCUGAAGGAUGUGUUUGGCGACGAGGUGGAGAUGCAGAAAGAUCUCGAGGCGGGCGAUACAGCAGCGAAGAGGAAGAGAGUACCUCGAUUCGAAGAGGUUGAAGAGCCAGAAGUUCUUCCUGGACCUCCUACAGAAAGUCCUGGCAUGCUCACAAAGAUGCAAAUAAAGCAGAUGAUGGAAGCAGCCACACGCCAGAUAGAAGAGAGGAAGAAGCAGCUUAGUAUCACUCAGCCCAGACUGCCCCUACCUACCCCCCAGCCAUCAGCACCUGGUAUGCGCUCUCUCCAGCCUCCUGCUCCAGGCCCAGGUCAGUCUAUUGCCCCUUCACAGGCUGCCAGCUUCAUGAAUGACGCCAUUGAGAAGGCACGCAAAGCCGCUGAGCUCCAGGCCAAGAUUCAGUCCACUCUGGCCAUGAAGCCGGGCAUCCUGGGAGCUGUACCCAGUGCGGGACCACACAACCUUGUGGCACUCGCUAACCUGCAUGCCAUGGGCAUCGCACCACCCAAAGUGGAGGCCCGUGAGAUCACGAAGCCCACGCCGCUCAUUCUGGACGAGCUCGGGAGAACCGUCGACGCCAGCGGCAAAGAGGUGGAGCUCACACACCGCAUGCCGACUCUGAAAGCUAAUAUCAGAGCAGUGAAGCGAGAGCAGUUUAAGCAGCAGCUGAAGGAAAAGCCCAGUGAUGACCUCGAGUCUGCAUCUUACUUCGACACCAGGUUGGCCAUUCCGCAGCCUCAGAGACAAAAGAAGGGGUUCAGGUUCCACGAAAGGGGUCGCUUUGAGAAAAUAGGCCAGCGGAUACGCACCAAGGCUCAGUUAGAGAGGUUACAGAUGGAGAUUGCACAGGCAGCCAAAAAGACGGGCAUCCAGGCGUCUACCAAGCUGGCUCUGAUCGCCCCUAAGAAGGAGCUCGGUGAAGGUGACGUGCCUUCCAUGGAGUGGUGGGACUCCUUCAUUCUGCCCAACAACGUAGAAUUCUCGCCCCAGGCUGUGUUCGAUAUCUCGGACUUCCACGGAAUCACCAAUCUGGUGGAACAUCCUGCACAAAUGGCUCCUCCAGUGGAUACGGACAAGCCGGUGACUCUGGGCGUGUACUUGACAAAGAAGGAGCAGAAGAAGCUGAGGAGGCAGACACGGCGUGAGGGUCAGAAGGAGGUGCAGGAGAAGGUCAGACUCGGCCUCAUGCCUCCUCCAGAACCAAAAGUACGGAUCUCUAAUCUGAUGCGAGUGCUGGGCACAGAAGCCGUACAGGAUCCUACCAAAGUUGAGGCACAUGUCAGAGCACAAAUGGCCAAGAGACAAAAAGCCCAUGAGGAGGCAAAUGCAGCACGCAAACUGACAGCAGAGCAAAGGAAAGAGAAGAAGGUGAAGAAGCUUAAGGAAGAUCUGAGUCAUGGUGUUCACAUUGCUGUCUACAGGAUCCGAAACCUGCACAGCCCAUCUAAGAAGUUUAAAGUGGAAGCCAACGCUAAUCAGCUGUAUCUGACCGGCACCGUGGUGCUGCACAAAGACGUCAACAUUGUGGUGGUGGAAGGAGGACCCAAAUCCCAGAAGAAGUUUAAGAGGCUGAUGCUGAACAGGAUCAAAUGGGAGGAGCCGAGCUCUAAGAGAGAUGACCCUGACGGCUCGGACGACGAGGGAUCGAAGAAGCCAAACAAGUGCUCGCUCGUCUGGGAGGGCACAGCGAUGGAGCGCAGCUUUGGGGACAUGAAGUUCAAGCAGUGUCCCACAGAGAACAUGGCACGUGAACACUUCAAGAAGCAUGGCUCAGAGCACUACUGGGAUCUGGCUCUGAGCGAGAGCGUACUGGAGACAGCCGAUGACUGAGAGACAGGGCGAGCGAGUGUGUAACGUGUGUCUGAUAAUCUGCACUGCUGCUACUCUUGGAUGUUGGGGUCUUGUGAUCAUAGCAGGACGUUUGGGAAUCUAGUGCAUGGACGCUUUUCUCCUGGGACUUCUACAGAACGUUGAAGACGGCUGCCUUGGUUUCGCCGUUCCACAGACUUAAGAAUCCUUCACAGCCAAAACUGUACAUUUGUUUUUAUUUCCCUUCGUUUUUUAUUAGGCAGAUGUGUGACUAUGCAGAUGCUGGUGUCUUUAGAUGUGAACCACUGCUUUACCGACUGCACACACUGAUUAAAAGUUUGGAGGGAAACCA